AAACACAAUAACAACCAAGUGAAUGGGCUGACGCCUCGCCAUUGGCCCAGGCAGCAGCCAAUCUAACUGCAGCAGAUGAUGAGUCACAAGGAAGUCACCGACUGAGCCUAUCUGAACUCACUUGGAUACUUUACCUGCCUGAGCUCAGACCCAACAUCUCAUUACCUUUCCUAUACAAUCCACAGCUGAGGCUUGUGGUGUGCUGUGAUCUCCAGAAGCAAAGUUGUUUGACCAACGCAAGAGUCAAGAAGUCAUGGCAGUGGCUAAUUUCCAGUACAUUACUCGGAUAAACAGUGGCUUCAAGGUCUACAUAUUAGAAGGUCAACCCCAUUCCCGGAGUGAAGACAGGUUCAGAAACAUGCAGAAUGAACGGGCACGAGCCCCCAACGCAUAUCCAAUCAAACGCAAGCGCAGCCUUGAAAGAGGUCUAACAUUGGAAGAAAGGCGAGAGCGGGCAAUAAACAGAAGCAAACUGGCCCAGAGACCCGGACCAGCACCUGCAGCUUCUAGCAGCCAACAGAGUCCCACAGCGAGCCCGAGUCCAACACCAAGCCCCACUAGUCCUUUGCCCAACUACGUGUACUACACACCUACCAUGGACGAACCUCUCGCCCUCAUCAAGAAACCAAGAAAAGACCCAGAAAACACAGCGAAGACUAAAAUAUCACCUGCCAGUCAAAUUCAGGUGCGUCCCUCUGUGAUCACCUGUGUCCCCUCAUCAAAAAGCCCUUCCAGCAGAUCCGAGGUCCACAGUAGCCACUCAUCAGCUAAUACCAAACACAACCUUGAUCACGUACUUGAGGAGCAUUUCAAGAGAAGCCUUGGAUCCAGCUACCAGCAAAGUCGUUUGCAGCAGCUCUCCAUCAGCGUGUCUGUUGAUGACCACUUCGCCAAAGCUUUGGGCCAGGACAAGUGGCAGCAGAUAAAAUCCAAGUCUACCUCCUGCUCUUCCACACCGCCCAGCAGUCCAAGCGUUACCCACUCUCCCACCUACAGCCACAGUCCAAACCACAAAGAGUCCACCAUGGGCUCGUCGCUGACCGCCGGCCACUGGCCUGUUAAUUAAAACAGAACGAUCGCUGGAUCCAUGUGGAAACUGACUCUCUGUUUUUACAUUUCAAUAUGAAUAGCUCUGCUUAUGCGUGCAGCGCUUAGUGUUGUGAGUGAGCCACCCGCUGCAGAAGUGCUGUCACUGUGGACAUGAAUGUGUUUGUGUGUAUCCAAGCCUAAUGGAUAAAUGCAGCAUUACGUGUUUUUUGUUACAUUUCUGCAGCUUCUGUGCUUAGCGUCUGUGAUUUAGUUGGUGAAAUGGGGUGAUUGAUAAAUCAACCAUGUUAUCCUUUACAUUUCUUUAAUUGUAUGUCGUUUCUUUGAAAACUCUAUGAAUACCACAUUCUGUGUAAUAUUUAUGUUCUCAUACUAUUGGGUUUUCUCUAGUCUGAGUGACUAGCCUGUCUGUAAUGCAAUAGUGUACACAUAAGCUGUACACAUGCCAGAGUCUCCAUGAAAAAAAUAAUAAAAUGGCAAAUGCCUUUUUCUUACA